AUGUUCAAAUACGCUAUUGUCAUAUUUGCCGCCAUCGCUUGCGUUGCUGCCAAACCGCAUAUACUAGCUGCUGCUCCCUUGGCCGUUGCUGCUCCAGCGCCUAUCAUCACCGCCACCAGUAGUCAAGUAGUGGCACGCAAUCAUAAUGGCAUCGCCUUUGCGCCAGUUGUAGCUCGUGCUCCCAUUGCAGCAGUAGCACCGGUGGCUCCAGCCGCGUUGGCGGCGCCAAUCGGCCCUCUUGCUGCUCCUGCACCUUUGAUUGCCGCCCGUUAUGCUGCCGCUACUGCACCUCUAGUCGCUGCCCGCUAUGCUGCCGCUCCUGCUCCACUUGUGGCCCGUUACGCAGCCGGUCCAUUUGCUUAUUCAGCUCCUUUGGCGACGGCCGCUUAUGCUGCUCCAGCUGCUUUCUCCUACGCGCCCGCAUAUGCACCAACUCUGCGUUACGCUGCAGCUGGUGCUCCAGUUGUUUGGUAA